GCAACUAUUUGCUGUUGCACAACAAUUGAUUCCGGUUGUCUUCAAUGUCACAUGAGGAGGUUCCGGGUAUUUUUUUUCUGAGGUGGCUGACAAGUCAUGUAGAAAGUCACAAACACGCUUCUUCAGUGUCGUUUUCCUACCGCUGUUAUAAGAUGAGAUUCCCAUGCAGACUUACAACACUGCAUACUACAUCUUCGAGGAGGACAUCCACAGCCCCUGCUGGGAUGUUCGUCCCAGACUGUGGCUCCAUUGACAAACGGUGUCUGCAGCUGCUCCAGGACUUUGUCUCUCAGGCCACACGGCUGUUUGUCAUCAGCGGCGCUGGCCUCUCCACGGAAUCGGGCAUCCCAGAUUACCGCUCAGAAGGCGUAGGCCUGUACGCCCGCACUGACAGACGUCCCAUGCAGCAUGUCGAGUUUGUCCGUAGUGCCAAGUCCCGUCAGCGUUACUGGGCGCGGAACUUUCUGGGGUGGCCGCAGUUCUCUUCUCAUCAUCCUAACGACGCUCACAGGGUUCUGCAGCAUUGGGAAGAGCGAGGAAAGCUGUAUUGGUUGGUCACCCAGAAUGUGGAUGCUCUCCAUUCAAAGGCAAGACAGAAAAGACUCACUGAGCUUCAUGGAUGUGCCCACAGGGUAGUGUGUUUAGGAUGUGGCAGCAUCUCGGCGAGGGAGGAGCUCCAGAGACGUUUCAUUGAGCUCAACCCAGACUGGAGGGCCCAGCACGGGGCCGUCGCUCCAGACGGUGACGUCUUCCUGGAAGACGAGCUGGCUCUCCAUUUCAGGGUUCCGUCCUGUGCGGUCUGUGGAGGAAUACUGAAGCCUGAGGUUACCUUCUUUGGCGACACGGUGAACAAAGACACAGUGCAGUUUGUGCACAACAAAUUAGCCGAGUCAGACGCGGUGCUCGUCCUCGGGUCGUCGCUGCAGGUCUACUCAGGAUACAGAUUUUUAUUGGCAGCCAAGGACAGGAAGAUACCAGUUGCCAUUGUGAACAUUGGGCCUACGAGGGCAGAUCAUUUGGCACAGCUGAAAUUGAGUGGCCGCUGUGCUGAAGUGCUGUCAAUCAUUCAACCCCUCUGACCGUACGUAAUGCCAUGAAAUGCAGUCUUCAAAGAGAAAAACUACCUCAACUUCGCUUCCAGGAUCAUACAAAUGCAACAUUACACUUAUUCAAAUGAGAUCCAAUUCAAGUGUGAUAUCCAAAAAUCUGUCUUUAUUAGGCAAUAAUCUUCUGUUCAGUUUAGAAAUACAUCCGUUUCUUUUUGUGGUUGUAGCUGUCACAUGCUGUACUACGUUGUUACAUGACUACCUCUUUGAUUCUGUCAAUUAAAACUGAGCAUUAUCAUUUUUAAAGGCAGUUACUGGUGCAGCUUUUGUUUGCCAUCCUGUUAGCAGGUGUGCCUAAUAUUGUGGCCAGUAUCGACAUUUCUGAUACUAGAUCACAUGCUAACUGUCCCCCGUAAUCGUAAUCCACUAAGUAUCAGGCUGCUAACAGCUUUAUUUCUAAUUUUUAAGACCAUAAAUUAAUUUAAAUAAUGUAAAUGAUUUCACUUUGUAUUGUUGAGGUCAGAAGCGAAAUAUAAGAUAUCCUUUAUUUGUCCCACACUGGGGAAAUUUACAAUGACAAUUUGAUAACCUGUAAGUCGACACUGCAUCUAUCGACAUGAAUUGUAGGUGGACCUCAUGAAGAGAACAGCAACUACCGGUAUAUGUAUGGUUAGGUGUAAAAUUAGUAAUACACUGCCCAAAGUUUGAGUGAUUUAAUUAAAAAGUCGUUAAUUUUUUUUUUUUUAACUAGGCGUCUUUGCCUUUCACCUGCGUAGACUACAUUUUAAUUAAAUCAGUUCAUGUUUUCCUAUAUUUAAGCAGUGUGACUGUUCACACUGUGCAUGUUAGUGGUUUUCAAUAAUAUUAAAGUUUACAGGUACUCUUGGGAAUACAGUGGACCCCCACAUACUCACGGUUCACACUUGGACCUAUUAUGCCACUAGGGCUGGGCAACAUGGUUGAAGUGUAUCACGAUAUAAGUAUUUUACAUCAGUUCAUAUUUUGAAUAGUUAUUUUUUUUUAAAGGAAAAUUCGACCACAAAGUCAGAUUAUGCUCUGAGCAGCCCCCCACUUGUCUAAAUACAGUAUUCUGAUUAAUGUUGCAUUUGUGCAAUAAGAGUUCAGCAGGAAAAUCAAUUCAACCUGGGUUCAAAUGUUCCUCCCCCACCGUUUUCUGAUUAUGUCCCAUUUGUAAAUAUGGUUGCAAAUGUCAUGCUGUGUUAAUAAACAAGGAGAAAAUGAUCUUUUAACAGUUUAA